AAAAUUGGACACCCAAUUUCACACAACCGCUAAAUUCAAAAUCUGGAAUUUCCGCGCUUCACUCUCAUUGGAUCCCCGAUUCCGACUGUCUUCGUUUACAUACUCGGCUACUCGCAAUUCGCAAAAGUAUUGCAUUUCUCUCCCAGUCUCCAAAUUCAAACUCAAUGGUCACAUUUUUUAACUCCCUCACCUCCGCCACGGCCUCCGCCACGGACGAUCCUCUCUUGCCAUUCCUCUGGAGUGUCAAGAAAGCUCUAGAAGGUUCCGGCAGUUCCAGCCAGAACCUGUUGAACUUACUAGGAGAUUGCAUUAGAAGCUUCAAGGAUAGCGAACAGUACCGAAACGACGUCAGAUUUCUCAAGAUUUGGCUCCUCUAUAUGGGUGUUAGUUCAGAUUUUGAAAGUGUUUUCAUGGAAAUGCUGAACUGCAAUGUGUGUACCAAAAAUGCUUCACUCUAUGUGUGGUCUGCAUGUUUCUUUGAGUUGAAAGGGAUGCUCCAUGAUGCCCUCACAAUCUAUCACCUUGGUAUUUCCAGGAAUGCAGAGCCAAUUGAGUGGUUGAAGAAGGCACAGGCAUUAUGUCACCAGAGAAUAUCUGAAACUUGGAAGGCUGCUGAAAGGCAGAAGAUUGAUUAUAAGGGAUCCACAGAGUUGGGAAACAUUGGCAUUAAUCCAUGGGAUUCCUCCAUUUUGGAAGACCUGAUGAAGAAGAUAAAUCCUACAAUUAAAAAAUUUUAUGUGCUUUAUGCUUGUAUAAAUGCAUUUCAGGGGUAUCACUUGAGCACUAAAUCGUAUACAGGAAAAGUGGCCUUAUCUACUUUGAAGAAUGCAUCAAGGAACAAAGUUAUAGAGAUAGGCGGGAGGAAGUACCAUAUCAAAGGUUGCGCUGGACAAGGUGGUUUUGCUCAAGUAUACAAGGCUUGUGUCAACAGUGAUCCAAAUGAUGUUGUUGCGCUAAAGAUACAAAAGCCAGCUUUCCCUUGGGAAUUUUACAUGUAUCGUCAGCUUGAUAUGCGGAUCACUGGCAGAGAAAGGUCAAGCUAUGGUUUGGCUCAGAGAAUUCAUCUGUAUGCAGACUGUAGCAUACUCAUCUGUGACUAUUUAGCUCAUGGAACGCUACAGGAUGUCAUAAACACAUAUGCGGUCCAAGGGAAACCCAUGGAAGAAGUUUUAUGUAUUUAUUACACGAUAGAAAUGUUACACAUGGUUGAAACUUUGCAUGAUGUUGGCUUGAUUCAUGGUGAUUUCAAGCCUGAUAAUCUGCUUAUUCGCUAUGCUAGGUAAAAUUAAGCUUCUCAUUCGUUACCAUUAGUUGGUUCACUUGCACCUUAUUACUUGCAGAAUGUCAUUGUAAAGCUGGUUUCUCAUUCUUAAUUAAUGAUUAUGAUGACAUGACUAAGUACAUCGUCUUGUUAUUAUAUACUUCUAUAUCUAAGGAGGACUUUGGGUGUAGAAUUGCC